AUGCCAACUUUCGAGCUUCUUUUGAGUCCGUUUUCUUCUUUUCCUGAUUAUAUGCUGAAAACCUCAUUAACUGUUGGAACCUCGCUGUAUCAGAAUGUCAUGCUCAGUGAUUGGCAAAAAGUUGAGAAGGUUGACAUAGAAGUGAAGAUUACUUGUGGAACUCCUACUAAAAAGAUUAUUCAACAGGAGGCUUCAGCAUGUAAUGCAACAUGGGUCAUCCUUGAUAGGCAUUUGAAACGGGAUGAGAAGUUUUACCAAGGUCAAAUCCUUUGCAAGCUUGCAUUAGUUGCAGAUGAUUGGAGCAUAAGGAUUUUGACCACUGAGCCCACUACUGGCACAGAUAACACCGAGAUUAAAGUGGUUCUUUACAGGUCAAAGCAUGUUCAGUUGUCAGCUCCACCGGACACGGAAAAUGUGGACCAGUCAAUUAUCUCUCAUAGUUACUCUGCAUCCUUUGGUUCAUUUGAAAACCUUGAAAUGCCUUCAAAGAAACAUCUGACUUCAUUGAUGCAUAAGUCGUGGGGUCAAGGUUCCAUAUUAACUGACGAUAUUCAUUGUGCAUCAAAGCAAGACGGAUCAGGUAGCCUAUCUCGAGCUGGAAAUAAGCAUAGCAAUGCUUCACUGAUCAUUGGAACAAGUCCUAGGAGAAAGAGAUCGUCUACUACCCCUGUUCUAUGUGAUGCUUGUGGGAUGACGACAGAAUUGUAUAUCAAAGAAUCCAUGAAAUUUAGUUUCUCAGAGAUACAUCUUGCAACAAAUUAUUUUUCGGAUGAGAAUUUGCUAGGUGAAGGAGGUUAUGGUCGAGUUUACAAGGGUCAGCUCAGUGAUGGGCAGAUCAUUGCUGCUAAGGUGCGGAAACAAGCCAGCACACAAGGAUUUGAAGAAUUUCAUUCCGAAAUAUAUGUUCUGAGUUUUGCACGACACAGAAACAUUGUGGUGCUGUUGGGUUAUUGCUGCAAGGAAAACAUUAACAUAUUGGUUUAUGAAUAUAUCUGCAAUAGAUCACUUGAGUGGCAUCUCUUUGAUCAAUCAGCAAAUGGUCUUGAAUGGCAUCAAAGACAUGCAAUAGCUAUAGGGACUGCCAAAGGAUUGAGAUUUCUUCAUGAAGAGUGUCGCAGUAGUCCAAUCAUUCAUCGGGAUCUUCGACCAAGCAAUAUAUUGCUCACACAUGACUUCGUGCCUAUGUUAGGUGACUUUGGCCUUGCAAAAUGGAAGACAAAUGAUUCUCCUAUUCAGACUAGAAUACUUGGUACAUUGGGUUAUCUUGCGCCAGAGUAUGCAGAGAAUGGUAUGGUUUCUGUGAGAACAGAUGUUUACGCAUACGGCAUUACUCUUAUACAACUAAUAUCAGGACGAAAGGCUGUUAGUUCAAAUAGUGAAGAUCACCAUCAAUCCCUGAGACAAUGGGCGGAACCAUUAGUUGAGAGCCUUGCUUUGCAUGAUCUAAUUGAUCAACGCUUGGGUGAUUCAUAUGACCCCUUUGAACUGUAUCACAUGGCCAAAACAGCGUAUUUGUGUGUGAAAGUUGACCCUGAGAAACGUCCAUCCAUGGGAGAGGUUGUGCAGCUUCUCGAAGGGGAAACCGACCAUUUCAAAAAUUUGACGGACCAGUUUCUCCCACAUUACAACCAUUGA